UAUUUUUAUGUGAUUCAGUGACUCUUCGUCCUCCACAUCCUCCUCAUCAACCUCCUCAACCUCUUCCUCCUCUGAGCCUUUUAAUUUAGUCAUGAACAAUGCGGAAGAUGACGAUGAAGGUGUUGCCAUGGGCAAUGAGAAAAAGCCUACACCACUGAAAACCCAGAAUGAGCUGCUUAUCGAGGACCUUCCUGCAGUGGAGAACCUCCACAUCAGCCUUCCAGAAGAUACAGAGAUGGAGCCCAUUGGCACAAUAUCGAGCGUUGUGGAGCAGUUAGUGAUUGUGGAGUCGUACAAGAACACACCACCACUGAAUGAAGACAGUGUGUUAUUCACCAAAAACAGAACCUCUAUUGGCAAGAUCUUUGAAGUGUUCGGUCCAGUUUGUCAGCCCUACUAUGCUUUGAGGUUCAACUCCCAUGACGACAUCGACCAGAAAGAUCUUAAAAUUCGAGAUACAGUUUACUUCGCCCCCAAAAUUAAAGAUUUCACAGAUUACAUCUUUACACAGCUUCUCCAAGAGACCAAGGGCUCAGAUGCAUCCUGGAAAAAUGACCAAGAACCACCCCUUGAGGCACUUGAUUUUAGUGAUGAUGAGAAAGAGAGGCUAGCCAAACAGAAGCUUAAAGAGCAUAAGAGACGGCAAAAAAACGAUUCUGACUCUGAGGAUGAAUCGGACGCCCAUAAAGGUCUGCCCCCUCAUAAAUCCGGCCGGCGGAAGCCUCGACAGAACCGCAGCGUUCCUCGUGGGCAGCACCAAAAUCGAGGUGGCGCUAUUCAUAGCAACUAUCACGCUCGGCCCCCCUUCCCACCUGACUACAUGUUCCCCCCUCCAGAUCCACACAUGUUUCCCUUCCAGGGCCCAAUGAUGCAACCCUUUCCCAGACCGCCACCCUUUCACAUGGGAAUGGCCCCUUGGCCCCCAGGGCCACAUCAGGGCUUUAUGUUCCAGCCCCCACCUCCACCUCCACCAUAUAAUCAGUAAAGCGGUGACUGAAUCCUCUGUACAACCUGCGCUCUUAAAGGAAAUCACAAUUUUUAUUUUCCGGUGUAUAGUAUGAGUCAAGCAUAACUGUAUAUUAUUAGACUGCAAUUUUUCAUUUUGUAUUAAAAAUGAUUAAUUUCUCAUUUUCAGUGUGUCUCUUUCACUGUUCUCUAUUUUUGAGACCGCUUUAUUCUGUUUAUUACAAGCAUACACUAAAAAUGAGAUAACUGUUCCUGAU